AUGUGUGAUAAAAAUGAUGGCCCAAAUUAUGAGUCCACUCCUCCGACUAACAAGAAAGUUCGUAAUCCUUUUGAUAAAGCGUUAAUAGAAAGAUUACACAAACCGAUAUGCAGCCCCGGCAUGUGUAAAAUCUAUAAAAAGAAGCACAGUGGCUCCUUCCGUUGGGACAUUGAUCAAGCUUGCACUUUAAUACCAGCGGAUAUUGUCGCUUGCAGUAGUCAGUUUGAGCCAUCACCAGACCCGGCUCUAGAGAAAGUCGCAGAAGAGGCAACUGAAAGAUUCUUCUCUGAAGAAAUGGUGAUUGCUAGUCCAAUUCAGUCUUCCAAGAAACUAAAACCAUUGCUUGACAAUUUAAGUGAUGCUAGUGUUAAGAUGUCUAGUUUUAGUAAAAGUGUUAUUUGUAAAGAUGUUUCAGCACAAACUGUCCUUUCUUUACCUCCUGAACUACCACCAGAAAUAGAAAAAAUUCUUCAACCCUUCUGCACAUAUACCGAGGAUCAAAAUAUAUCAGGUGAUUAUGAAAUAACUGCAAAUGGGUCUCUUAGGCGAAAAUUAUUCUUCGAAGAGCACAGUGACAUGGACCAUUACGAUUCAGAACAAACUGAUGAUGAAUUACACAUAGAUUCAGAAACACGACCUACUUAUGACUCGGAGCAGACAGACGAUGAACUUCACACAGAUCAUGAAAACCGUCCGCCAUCUAGUUACGAAGCCCACACGCCGGUCGUCUUUAGUCCAGAUCUGAGUCGGGAUUUAGUAGCCAAAGGCAUGAAACGCACUUUCGGUACACCAUUAAGGAAGGGACCAGCCAAUGGAAAAUCAUGUUGCACAAGAAUGCUCGAUGUUGUGGAGUUUGGAGAACCAUGUUUUAGCCCAAUUUAA